AUGCAAAGCAUUCCUGAAAAAGGCAGUGAGACCUGUUUGUCUCGAAGCAAAGCAUUCCUGAAAAAGGCAACAUUUUUAUUGCUUCAAAGUGAUAAGGAAAAUACCAUAGCAGAAAGGAGGGCCCUAAGAGAACACGUGUAUCCUAAGCUGAGAGAAUUCUGCAGGGAAAACUAUGGCCUGGAAUUUCAGGUAAUAGACUUAUACUGGGGAGUUGAACCAGACGAAUGGGACAGUCCUGAACUGCAAAAGACUCGUAUGAAGCUGUUAGAAGAUUGCUUGAAAAGUUCUGCAGGUCCAUGUUUUGUUGGCCUGUUGGGAGAAAAGUAUGGGAACAUCCGAGUACCAGGGGAAGUGGAGUCAGCAGAAUUUGAAAUGAUCCUGGAUGCUGCUGUAGAGGCCAAGCUAGAGACAAAGAUUUUAGAAGAAUGGUACUGCAGGGAUGAGAACGCAGUGCCACCAGCAUAUUACCUCAGACCAAAAUCUGAAAUGCUGAAAAACCACCAGAAUACGAUGGAAUCUUCUUCAAACUCUAUGAAUGAGAACAAAUGGCAAGAUAUAUCAGAAGAGAUUAAGAAGAUUUUUAAGACUGCUGUGAAAUUGCUGUAUGAGAAAGGAAAAAUGAAACACAGCCAAGCAAAGAGAUAUCUUUCCUCCGCUAUUGAAGAUGAACUUGAUUUUGCCUUGGGUAAACAAACACCAGCUUUCCUAAAGAAGUGUGUUUGCUACAUUCGGAAAAUUGCCAACAUUGAGCGUUUUGUUAAAAUUCCAGAGAUGGGAAAAUACAUGGAUGUGGUACAUGCAGCUGGGAAGCUUCAACGAGAUCCCGAGGCCCAUGAGAAACUGAUCAAGCUCAGGGAUGAAUUCAUUCCUACCAUUGUCGCCUCGUCCAAUCUGAGAGUGUACACAUCCGUCACUCACUGUGACAUGAAACUGGGCUACUCCCAAGAAGUGGAGAACCAUUACAUUGAAGGACUUGGUAAACAGUUCUAUGAAGACAUGAUUGAUAUAAUCCAAGCAACAGUGCAGCAGAACUUCGACACAGAGACAGACAUACUGUACGAUGAAGUUCUUCAACACUCAUCGCUAUGUAAAACGUACUCCACUUUUUAUGAGUAUAGAUGUGAGGCAUUAAACAUAGUUCACAAGUAUGUUUUACCUAGCAAAAUAGGACACGUUAACCCUCUCAUCAUAUAUGGAGGACCAUGCACAGGGAAGACUCUGCUAUUAGCUGAAGUGGCAAAGAAGGCCUAUUCCUGGUUACAAGAAGAGAUGGGACCGGAUUCUGACCCUGUGGUAGUUAUAAGAUUUUUGGGAUCCACUGAAACAAGUACAGAUCUAAAGCAUAUACUUCAAAGCAUUUGUGAACAAUUGGCAGUCAACUAUCGUUGCCUCGUACAAAGUUACCCAAAAAAGAUUCAUGACCUUCGGGACUUGUUCAUAAAUCUCUUGAAUGAGUCUUCAUUUCACAGGCCACUGGUGAUUAUAUUCGAUGCCCUAGAACAGCUAACAGAUAGUGAUGAUGGUAGGAAGCUGUGGUGGCUUCCCAUUCACCUUCCCCGUUCAGUACGGAUAAUUUUGUCAACACUGCCAAACAAGCAUGGGAUCCUGCAAAAACUGAGGUGCCUUAUUCAUGAUGAAAGCAACUACAUUGAAUUGACAGCAAGGGACAGAAAGAUGUGUAGUCAAGUACUGAAGCAUCAGCUCCUGCGAGUUAAAAGAAAAGUAACAUCAGGGCAACAAAUCUAUGUCAAUGAGGCAUUCUCCAAGUGCACACUGCCUAUGUUUGUGAACUUAACCUUCAGAGAGGUCAGGAACUGGAGAUCUCACAAGGAUGUGGAUGAGUCCUCCCUCUGUGUCACUGUCCAUGAAAGCAUAGAACAGUUGUUCUGGUCACUGGAAAACAAGUGUGGAUCAAGACUAUUGUCAAGAGCACUUGGCUACAUUACUAUGGCCAAGUCUGGCCUGAGUGAAAUGGAACUGGAAGAUAUUUUAGCCCUGGACAACAGUGUUAUGUAUGAACUGAGUGAGAGUGUCAGAGAAAGUAACCCACUGAGAAUUCCAUACAUAUAUAUUGCAAGGCUUAAGGAGGGUUUACAGGGGUACUUAAUAGAGCGACAGGUGAAAAAUGUAACGUUGCUUCUUUGGGCAAAUAGGCACUUGCAACUAAUUGCCCAGAAAUUGUACCUGCACAACGAAGAAGACACGCGUGAAAUGCACACAGUCAUGGCAGAGUAUUUCCUCGGGGUUUGGUCAGGUGGACGAAGAAAACCUUUUUACAGCAAUGACCAAUAUCCGAGUGGUUGUCCUGACCAUGACAGUAGAGGCCUGAACAAGGAUGACAAGCACUGCAUGGAUCAGGCUGCUUUUGACAGGCAGGCACCAGAUCAGCCAUGGGUCUUUCAGUGUAAUCCAUUAGAACCCGAUAUCUUUUUUAUCAAUCACAGAAAAAUGACUGAGCUUAUUCAUCACCUAACGAGAUGUGGAAGAACUGAUGAUCUUUUGUACGGUGUCAUUAUGAACUUCAGCUGGCUGUACACCAUGAUUAGAAUAGGGCAGUUUGAUAAGGCACUUUCUGACAUAGAACUGGCUUAUACCUACUCUCAAGAAAAGGAGCUGAAAUUUCUGGCCAGUACCCUCCGCAGUAUAAAGCUCAAAGUAGUAAAAUACCCAGGUUCACUCUCUGCUGAAUUGCAGCAGAGGCUUCUCCCAGUAGUAAGUUCAUUGCCCAAACUCAGACAUCUCCUCCUAGAAUGUGACAAGGAUGGACCCAAGUACUGCUCCAUCGUCCCUUUGCAUUCCUCCAUGGAUGUGACUUACAGCCCUGAGCGCUUGCCUCUGUCAUCCAGCUGCAUGCAUGUCACUGAGAUUUUGCCUACUUUUAAUCCCAGCACAAUUAUUGCUGCUUUAGAAAAUGGCUCCAUCAGCACUUGGGAUGUAGAGACUCGCCAGCUACUAAGGCAAAUCACAAUAGCUCCGUCUGUUAUCUUAGGGAUGAAGCUUACUAGUGACGAAAAGUAUCUUGUAGUGGCUACAACAAACAACACUCUUUUGAUAUACGAUAACAUAAAUUCCUGUCUUCUGUCUGAGGUGGAAAUUAAGGGGUCGAAACACUGUGGAAUUGGGGGAGGCUCCAGUUUUAUAAAUGGAUUUACAUUGUCAGUCAACCAUGCGCUUGCUUGGCUGGAGGCCAGUAAAGAUGUUACUGUCAUAGACCUGCUUUAUGGCUGGCCUCUCUAUCAGUUCCACUGCUGGUAUGAAGUGACCUGUGUGCAGUGUUCUCCAGAUGGAGUUUAUGCAUUCUGCGGACAGUAUUUGAACACCGCGACCAUUUUUCACUUGGGCAGUGGAGAGAAACUGGCCACUGUGACCUCUGAAUUUUCUAGUGGAUUUGUGAAAUUCCUUCUCAUUCUUGACACAGCCCAAGAAAUGGUGAUGGUGGACAAUGAGGGUAGCCUCUCUGUUUGGAAUACAGAGGAAAUCGCAAGUCCCCAACUGACAGAUGAUUUUGACUGCAGGAGGGAAGACACUGAAUUUGUCAGCAUAGAGCUUUCUGAAGACCAAAGUGCAAUUUUAAUUUGUAAGGCUCUCAGCAUUGAACUUCUUGACACUCGUGUGUGGAAGGUGACUGAAAAAUUUAGAGCUAAACACAACGAGCGCUUUAUAUCUGCCGUGUUGUCCAAAAAUGGCAACUGUAUAAUUGCUUCAAUGGAAAAUACCUCAGCCAUUUUUGUUUGGAGAAGAGAUACAGGACAGUGUAUGGCAAGCUUACAGGAAAUCUCAGGAACUAUAGUCAGGCUAAUUAAAUCAAAUCAUCACAACAUGCUGCUAUCCUUAUCCACCAGUGGUGUCCUUUCUAUUUGGGAUAUAGACAUCAUAACUGCUAUGUCCAAUAUUGACAAGUCUGGCAAGCCUAUCCAGAGACUAGUGUUGCCAGCUAGAGGUGAAUUAAUAUACACAUUGGAUGGAUCAGAUUCUGUCCAUAAGUGGAACUUCAGCACUGGAUUUAUUGAAGCUGUGUUCAAGCAUGAAGGUAUUGUUGAAAACUGUGUGCUGACCUCUUCUGGAGAGAUAAUGGUUACAUCAGAUGAUAAAUGCAGCCAGUACGUAUGGCACACGGUUAGUGGUGAAAAUAUCUUUCGCAUUAAUGGGCAAAAAAUCUCAGAGCUAAUGAUUACUCAUAACGAUCAAUUUGUAGUCUCUCUCUGCGAGCAAAAUGCAUCCAGAGUUUGGCGACUGGCUACAGGACAUAGGGUUUGCAAUAUUUUAGUUGCCUUACAGAAUGCAUUUAUAACAACUGCAAACACAUUCGUAGUGGGAAUGGCAAAGAACAAAGUGUUGGCAGUGAGUCUCUGGACAGGCAGUAUAACAAAGAAGUUUUGCUGUGAUGAUGGUGCAAGCAUAGUAGAUAUUAAGCUGAUACCAGACUGUCCAGAUAUUAUAGUAUUUAUAACAUCUACUGAAACCGUGAACAUCUGGAGCCUAACAGAGGAAGUCAUCUGCAGACGUGUGCAACUGCCUACCAAUUUCUUGAAAAAAUUGGAAGACUUCGAAGUAUCUCCAAACGGGAAGCUAGGAAUUAUAACCCGUGGUGAUGAGAACAUCAACGUGCUUGAUUUAUAUAGUGGCAAACUGCGUGUGGUUCAUGCUCCAGGUGUCAUCUGGAGGCAGAGGCUGUCUCGUGAUGGUCGCUACCUUGUGUACAUUUGUUUUCGUGGUGAAGAAGAUGAUGACAAUGGUGCUGUCUCUAGCUUAAUUGUAAUGAGGCUAGCGGAUGGCAAAAACAUCGGUGCCUGCUCUCUUUAUAAAACUCCCACUUUUCUUGCACUCUCACAGAGACAUUUAAACAUCAUUAUUGGAUUUGAUGAUGGAAGUAUAGGUACUUACACUGUAGUGGAUCGAGUCGACGCUGCACUGAAAAUCAAAAUUGCUACUUCAAACAGCCGUCAGAUUUUCAACAACACAGCACAAGUGAUUAGGCCAAAAUGUCAUAAUUAUAGCUUCAAAGCGACUGCAGACUGCAUUUGGAGGGAAUCAACAGAAGUAUUUGCAAGGGAUAGCCCCAUUACUGUUACAGAGGCUGAGGUGAGUGAAGCAACACCAACCAAAAAACACAACUAUUGCUACGAGAAAGUGUGUUCAGCCAUAGAUUGCAGAGGACACAGUUUUACCUCUGACAAUUAA